AUGUAUGUCGUUAUGAAGUGUCUUUGUAAAGGUAUCCCACCCGAUAGCAUUGAUGAUUAUACCUGUAUGGCUGAUUCUACCAUUUACUAUUAUAUUAAGAAGUUUUGUGAUGCGGAAUACAUGAGACGUCCCACUGUGAAUGAUAUCAAGUGGCUGAGAAGUUUUGGGUUUAAUGCGGAAUACAUGAGACGUCCCACUGUGAAUGAUAUCAAGUGGCUGAUGAAGUGGUUUUGGCAUGGGUAUUUUGGAGUGGGUGGAUCAAGCAAUGAUCUUAAUGUUUUGAAGUCCUCUAAUUUGUUUGAUGACAAUAUCAAUGGUAUUGCACCACCUUGUCAUUUUACUAUCAAUGGGAACCAGUACACGCAGGGGUAUUAUUUAGUUGAUGGAAUUUAUAAGAGUUACUCUGUGUUAGUCCAAGCUUACGGUGCACCCAGUGGUAUUCCAAUUCUCGAGUUAUUUAACAAAUAUCAAAUGUCUAAGAGGAAAGAUGUGGAACGGGAAUUUGGGACACUGCAAAGUAAAUUUAGGAUCCUUUACCAUAGAUGUAACUACUGGGAAAAACAAGAUAUGAAAUCGAUAAUGAGAACCUGCAUGAUAUUGCAUAAUAUUGUUGUAGAGGAUGAAUAUCGUGACCCGGAGUGGAAGUAUGUGGCAGACCCACCUCAUCCACCUAUAGUCGAAAACUUGAGGCUAACAAGCGAGUCAUUACAAAACCCAGUUCUUCAGGAGAGACUUCGUACGGAUCUUGCAGAUCAUAUAUGGGAACGACAUGGUCAACGUCUAAGGGAUGGUGAAAUGCCCGGAGAUGUGACAGACAACGAGCUGGAUUCGGGAGACGACACAGACGAGUUUUAUGUUGAUCAAGACCAUUACAACCCAGCACAAGUUGUUUUGGGCUCCGAUUUAGAAUGA